AUGAUCUUGUAUCAACAGCAAGUCAUGGCGAAAGACAACAGCCACAGCGAAGACCUGGUCCUCGAGGACGCGCGUCUCGAGGAGCUGCUCAGCAACGUCCUUGAGCUUGGCGCGGGAGCGAGCGGCAGGAUCCUCCUCGUCCGCCGGGGCGAGAGGGAAGCCGUGCUGAAGGUGGCUCAUUCUAGAGUCCACUCCGACCAGUUCAAGGAGGAAUUCGAGAUCCUGAAGGAGGUGGCCGGCGCCGGGGGAAGCCCCAAGGCGCUAAGCCUCUGCUCCAACCCCCCGGCCAUCAUGUGCACCUUCGUCGGCCACUACACGCUCAGGCAUGUGGUGAGGGACCUGAAUUUCUCCGACGCGAGGCUGCUUGGCCUGAGCCUCCGUCUGUGCGGCGCCGUCCAGGAGGUGCACGACAAGGGCUUCAUCCACAACGACCUCGAGGCCGAGAACAUCGUCGUGGACGCCAGAGGACAGGUAAGCAUCGUCGACUUCGGGAGCGCGUGUCGACCUGGGCAGACGGCGGCGUACCGCAGCUGCCCCGCCAGGAACACGAUGUCCUCGGCGGGGGCCCAGCCACCGCGGCCUCCGACGUGUCCACGCUCGGGGGCUUGCUCUUGA